CGUAAACCACACGGCAGUUUUCUUUUUUUGGUACCGAGCGGAGAGGAGAUGCACACGGCACUCGAGUGAGAGUGCAUAUUUCAGAAGAGUUGGAAAAACCCCUCACACAGUAGCACAGGAACUGGGGGCCAAGCAGGAGGAGACGUAUUACGGGGACCAGAAGUAAGGGGAAAAUGCGAGUCCACGUGCACACCAAGUUUUGUUUCCUGUGUGUGCUCACCUUCCUAUUCCAUCAGUGCAACCACUGCCAUGGAGAAGGACAUGACCAUCAGCAUGGCGGACAUCACCAUGCUGACCACAACCACGUCCACAGCGACCUGCAGAUUUCCGAGGCUCUGUACGUGAAAGGAGCCACUUUGUCCCCAGAGUCCAACAAUCCUCAAGGGCACGCUCUAGAAGAGGAGCAGCGCUUCUACAUCCAGCAGCUCUUCAGACGCUACGGCCAAAAAGACCAGCUAGAUUUCCAGGGAUUUCAGAGUCUGCUGGUUAGUUUGGGUCUGGGUGAGGUGAAGGUGGUAGAUCUAGAUCACGAGGAGCUUGGCCAUGACCAUGUAGCUCACCUCGACUUGGUGGAUUUGAAGGAGGGGCUUCAUUCACACUCAUCCACCAGUGAGGGCCGUGGUGCAGGUCACGGUCACGGGCAUGGUCAUCCACACCACAAGCCUGGCACCCACCAUCCACACACAGAGCAAGUUCCGACAAGAUGCACCCAGCACACCACUGCUGCCAGUCCAGCUGCUGGUGCACCUACAGGACAUGACCAUGAUCAUGACCACAGUCAUGACCACGAUCAUGACCACGAUCAUGGGCAUGAUGCAGAACAUAAUCAUGAUCACACCAAAGCAGAGGGUAGUGACCAUAAACAUUCUGGUGGGCAUGUGCAGGACACACAUGAUCAUGCCCAUUCCCAUGAUCACGCACAUGACAAAGAGCACAAACAUGAGCAGGCACAGGUGAACUCUAACAAGGACCUGUCCUCUCAGCCUCAUGGUGAUCAUGACCACAGCGAUCACGACCACAGUGACCAUGACCACAAUCAUGUCCCCGAAGUGCAGCCAGGCACAGACAUUCCUCCACUCGGCCAGGAACAGCAGCCCUCUACCCAGUCGGAGCCGUCCCAGGUCCCUCAAGUGCCGCAGUCCUCUCCUGCCAACACAGAAAGUCGGCCCAAGAAGCCGAGAAAGCCAGGCAGGAGCAGAGGACAGGGAGGGCGAAACAAAAGUCUUGCUUCUGAUAGCCAUGACCAUCAAUCUGAACACAGUCAUGACCAUGAUCACGGUCAUGGUCACAGCCAUUCUCAUAAAGAUAAGAGAGAAGCACCAGGAGAGCCUGCCAACCCCACGUUGCCAAUCCCCGCCUUGUCUGGCCACCCAGAAGGAUCGGCUCACCAGCAUGAAGAGUGUUUGAACCUGACUCAGCUCCUCACCUACUAUGGCCUGAGUCCCGAUUCACUCAUCUCCCCCAGCCAGUUCACCUACCUGUGUCCUGCCCUGCUCUACCAGAUAGACAGUCGCGUCUGCAUCCGCCAUUACCACCAGAUGGACGUGGAGCAGGAAGCCUUGGAGCAAGCCAGUUCCAUGUGGGUGUGGCUGUGGGGGUUUGUAUCCAUCACCAUCAUCAGCCUGCUGUCUCUGCUGGGUGUUGUUCUCGUACCCAUCCUCAAACAAUCCUGCUUCAAGUUCCUGCUCACCUUCCUGGUGGCACUGGCAGUGGGCACGCUCAGUGGAGACGCUCUCCUUCAUCUGCUGCCCCACUCUCAAGGGCAGCACGACCACAGCGCAUCUGAGAAGAGUCACAGCACUGAUCUGGUAACAGCCUUUGAUGGAGUAUGGAAGGGCCUAACAGCACUGGCCGGCAUCUACCUCCUCUUCAUCAUCGAACACUGUAUCGGCAUGUUUAAGCACUACAAAGACCACGGGGGCAUGAAGAAGACGAGUGAGGAGGGCAAGAUUGGCAGGAAGUUGUCAGAUCACAAGUUAAAUCGGCGCUCAGAUGCAGAGUGGCUGCACCUGAAGCCGCUCAGUGAGGACCCCGACAACACCGCCAUCUCCUGCGACAAUGGUCACAAUGACACACAGCUCACAGAGCUCCAGACGCCUGACUCUCCCACCAACAAGACACCGCUGGCGCCAACAAACCCCCUACAAGACCCCCUGUCACCCACCAAGGAGAACGGACGCAAGGCCAAGAGGCACGGACACUCACACGGCCACGGCCACUCCCACGGUGGGAACUGCCACUCAGACCAGGAGAUGAAGGACGCUGGUAUAGCCAGCAUUGCCUGGAUGGUCAUAAUGGGCGAUGGCAUGCAUAACUUCAGUGACGGCCUGGCUAUAGGCGCAGCGUUCAGUGCAAACCUGACAGGAGGCAUCAGUACAUCAGUGGCUGUUUUCUGCCAUGAAUUACCUCAUGAACUUGGUGACUUCGCCGUGCUGCUGAAAGCAGGGAUGUCUGUGAAGCAGGCCAUUGUCUACAAUGUGCUGUCCGCCCUCAUGGCCUACGUUGGCAUGCUGAUUGGCACAGCCGUGGGACAGUACACACACAAUGUCACCAGCUGGAUCUUCGCCAUCACGGCUGGCAUGUUCCUCUAUGUGGCUCUGGUGGAUAUGCUGCCAGAAAUGCUUCACGGGGACAGUGAGGACCACAAGCGCUGCCAGCUGGGACACUUUAUCCUGCAGAACCUGGGCAUGCUGACCGGGUUCGGCAUCAUGCUGCUCAUCGCCAUCUUUGAAGACCGCAUCGUUUUCGAUUUUGGCUUUUAGUCGUGGAGAGGGGUUGGGGGGGGUGCUGGGAAGCGAAGGAGGGGAGAGUUGGAUGUAUCAAUAUUGUUCUUCUUGGCCUUAACAUGCUUUGUUUGCAAUGUAACGGCCCCGUCUUGCAUGCAGUGUGGGUCUCGUUCAUGGCCAGUGCCUCCAUUCCAAACAUGCAACGGUAGCUUAAUGCAUAUCUCAUGACUCUGCCAGUGAUGUUUACACUCUGCUCCUCCAUUACCUCUCCUCUGUCAGCUCCAAUCUGUCUGCUCCCUGUGAAACAAAAAAAAAAAGAGAGAGAGAAAGAAGAGCGAGGCCGCACACCGACCAGAGAGCACCUCCUCUGCUCUGAACCAGUAACCUCCAUCUAAAAAAGAGCUGUAGACGGUAAGGCGGCACAGGAGGCGCAUUUCCUGCAGAGAGGCAGCUGCCACGGCCCAGCAGCUCACCGCCUAUGCAUCAUCACCUGUUGUUAGUGUGUUGUCGUCAUACACCCCCCUACGCCUCCCCGUCUCCUCUCCGCUCUGUGCUGUGUCCCAUCAUCCAUGCCUCGUACAUCUGUGGUGUGUUUUCCACCCGCCAUCCAUCAUCAACCUCUGAUGUCAUCACGCUGUGUAUCAAACAUCUCGUGUCUCUCUGUGCCAAGCCCUGGCCACUGGAGCAGCACCACAGCAGUGAUGCUCAGUUUAGCUAGCUAUUACAUCUGGAAUAAACCCUUAGCUCACGUGGCUUCACCUCCAAAAUGUGUUGACAGCUAUAAACUGCGGUGUCAAAACAGAAAAGUGUUCCCCGACUUUGCGUGGGAGAGUCUAAAUGGCUCAGUGUUGUUUUCGUGCUGCAACUUCCUCCAUUAAUUACGUCAGAGUUGUGUUUUAUUGUCUAAUUUGAUCUUUGGGAUUAUUAAAUCUUUGUAGUUCAGAGCUAACACAGCUGCCAAAGCCUUUACAAAUAAGCAUUUAAGACUUUAAUGUUUUUGUUUAGAUACUAGAUGUCACAAAUGUCUGACCAAUUUUCUUUUUAAGGGUUUGACAAUCUGUAGCCAGAGGAGACAUAUCCUUAUUAGGCCUUUAUAUACUAGAUUUCUUUGUAAGAAUCAGCAGCUUCAAAAUGUGAAUUCAGAGAAAGACUAGCUGUUCUUGUCUUCUUGUUGUAGUUUACUAGAUUUAUUUAGGGUGCCUCUUUGAGUUCCUAAAAGGUGCUUUGUCCAGCUGGACUGCCCUGUAACGGACAUUUAAUUACAGUAGGAGGUCGAGAUGUCACACAAACGCAGAUUUUUUUUGAUGUACUGUAAAUAUAUGAGGUCUUUAUAGUAUCAGUAGCGGAGCAGCUAAAAGCUAACUUUUGUUGCUGCUAAUAGUUUUAAAGGUACUUCUGUCAAGGAAACCUCCUGAUCAUCUGAGACAGACCUAGUAGAAGGCUGUGCUCUUGUACCACAGCAGAACAAUAUACUGUGUGACAGCAUUCCCUGCAUUUGUAAUCCAUGUUUAACUCGAGUUAUCAAACCACAAAGACAAAGAUUAUUAUUAUUUUUUAUACUUUGACAAACAUUCCCAGUGUAUGUUCCUGAGGGUGCACAUUGUUGUCACUCUGCUGACUGUGCCAAAACUGGCCCCAUUGGGGAUUCUCAGUGGCUGGUGCUUGACACUGCCCCUCCCCCCUCUGCCCCCCUACAUUCCAUUGGCUGUCCUGCAGCUCACACGCUAAGCUAGCUAGCCUAGCUUCAGCUGCUGGAGCACACAGAUAAAUGUGUGUGGCUUCAUUUAUCCUGUCACUGUGUGACAUCCAUCAUGCACGUCUCAGCUGGCUGUAAAUCAUCGUCAGUCACAUUGAACUCGUGUUAUUGACCUGACUGAAUCAUGCAUGAAGCAUGAGUGAAACGGUACAGACACUGUUGAGUGUACAUUUGUUUUUUUCAUUCUUUGUACUGCAAAGUUAAACUAUUGACAACCUUUGUUACUUUUUAAAUUAAAUGUGUGUGAAGAUCAUGAGGGAUUCUUUGGGGCGCAGUGAAACUGCAUUACUUCUAUCUUUUUACAGGCAUUUUAAGACUUCAUCUUAUGUUCAAUGAGACCCGAAUGUAUUUCAUUUUGUUUUAACAUCAAAUACAGUUCAUAAUUUGAUGUCUUUAAAAUAAUCAUUUUACUUGGCAUUCAUUCAGUUUCCUACAAUAUUCAUUUUGGUUGAGUUUUUUGUAUUUAAAAAGAUUAGGGGUCUUUUUUCUGAAACAUGUAUAAAUACAAUCUAAUCUGUACUGUCAAGUGUGAGAUACGAGUCAAUUACACUUUGGACACUGCGCCCCAAAGAACACACGUCUUCACUGUUUAUUGGGCAAAGAAUUGUCUGUAAAAUGAAGGUCCAUGAUUGUUCUCAUUUUUGCUUUGUUGUCUGUAUGUUUGUUCAGUAAUCUGGAUAUAAAAUGCAAAGUGUGACAUCCUUGCUGUUUGCCUGUCUGUGCAUUCUCCCCAUUACGAAAGGAAAAUAAACUCUGAAAAGAUC